CUCCAACAGCUUCCCUCUUCACAAUUACACACACCAAUCUCUCUUUCUCUCUCUAAAAACUCUUCCACAACAACAAAUACACAAAUCACCAAUUUUUCAACCCAAAAAAUCAAACUUAGUUAUCUAUGGCGGCAGGACUAACCGCCACUAUAACCUUGAAACCCUUAAACCGUCACUACAAACCCAUAUUAUUUCCUCAUCUCAACAAACCAAUUCUCUUCAACCCAUUAAGAUGUUUCCCUCAAAGAACAACCCCAAAAACCCAAAAAUUGAAAAGCUUCACCCUUUGUGUUUUAAUGAACGAUCCAAAACAGAAUACCCAAAUUGAAAUUGAAGAAGAAAAAUCACCCCUUCAAGGAGAAAAUGAUAAUAAUUAUUCUCAAGUUGUGUCACCAAAAAUGGAAGAGAAAUUGAAAAGGAAAAAAUCAGAAAGGUUGACUUACCUUAUUGCAGCUGUUAUGUCUAGCUUAGGUAUCACAUCUAUGGCUGUGUUGUCUGUUUAUUAUAGAUUUUCAUGGCAAAUGGAGGGUGGUGGAGAAAUUCUUUGGUCCGAAAUGUUUGGUACAUUUGCUCUAUCUGUUGGUGCUGCAGUGGGUAUGGAGUUUUGGGCUAGAUGGGCUCACAAGGCUCUUUGGCAUGCAUCCUUGUGGCACAUGCAUGAGUCCCAUCAUAGAGCAAGAGAAGGACCAUUCGAGUUAAAUGAUGUUUUUGCAAUAAUAAAUGCUGUUCCUGCCAUCGCUCUCCUUAACUUUGGUUUCUUCCACAAGGGACUCAUCCCUGGUCUUUGUUUCGGUGCGGGUCUUGGGAUUACUGUGUUUGGGAUGGCUUACAUGUUUGUACAUGACGGUUUGGUUCAUAAGAGAUUCUCAGUGGGACCUAUUGCCAAUGUGCCCUAUUUUAGAAGGGUAGCUGCAGCCCACAAACUUCACCAUUCGGACAAAUUUCAUGGGGUACCAUAUGGGCUGUUUUUGGGACCAAAGGAACUUGAAGAGGUAGGAGGGUUAGAAGAGCUAGAGAAAGAGAUUAUUAGGAGGGCAAGAUCAUACAAUAAUAGUUCAUAACAAAAGUAAACACUAUGUUUUAAGGAGUUUUCAUUGUAAAGAAAAAUAUUGAAUGAAAUGAUAAAAAAAAAAGUUUUGUUUA